GAAACAUAUCCUCUACCUUUUUGCAGUCAGCCGCUUUUUUUUUUACCCAAGGACUGUGUUCUCUUGUUUUCUCAUUUGUCUUUGAUGUGGAGAUUUAGCAGACAAGGUGAUACAGUCAGCACUAUGAUAAACACACCAUUCCAUCUUGCACAGCCGAACGGCGGCGAUAUACGCUUGAAUAAAUGGUCAGCUUUACGAUGAAGGGCCAUUGAUAAACGCUUGACCGGGGGACGGCCCAAUAUUAUUGGUGCAGGGCGUAAUGAAUGGAGCAUCCUCCUCCCCGGCGGAAGCGCACGACGGGCAGCUACUGAGGGGUUGGCACUGAAGGUGUGAACUGAACCCGCGGUGUGUGAAAUGGAGCGGUUUGUGGACAAGGAAACUUCGUUUUGCUGACACAGCAGGAUCGCGGGGGAAACACUUGUAUUAUCGGCUCGUAUUCCUAAUCUGAAUUCGCUCUUGACUUUUCUUCUUUCCACUGAUGGCUUGUCUUGCCCUGGGUCGGGUUUGAUAUGGGAUUUAUGACGGCUGAGGCUAGAUUUAGUGCCGUAGUUGCAGUAGUGCUCUUGGCUGUAGCCCAGGUGUCUGCAGAUGUGAAGUGCGAGAACAUCUACAAGGAUUUCUCCGACUGUGUCCUGGAGCUGGGGGACAGCAUGGGCAACCAGGACGAGAAUGUGACCAGUGAGAAAGGCGUGGAAGCCGUCUGCAGCCACUGGGAUGCCUUCCACACCUGCGCUCUUAGCGCUCUCUCCACGUGUCAGGAGGAGGCGGGGCCCAUGUGGGAGACUUUAAAGGCAGACUCCAGGAAGCUCCGGUUCCAAGGCAGCCUGUUCGACCUGUGCAGCCCAAACGCCGCCCCCGGUUUGGGCUUGGCCUGCCUGCCCAUGCCCCUGCUGCUGCUUACCCUGGUGGUCCAGCUGUUGGGGCCAGAGUCCAUCAGUCUGCCCCUAUAGACUCCGUAGACUCCUCUCUCCAUCCCUGCACGUUCUCCUACCCGGGUGGUCUCCCUCUUCAGCAUGUUUAAUACAUGAGGAUAUACGCUGGAUUACAUAGAAGGUGCCGGGUAAACCGAUUCCAUCAGAUUAAAAAUACAUGAUGAAAUAUUUGGAAUAUGUGCCUCCUUCGUAAGGUAUAAAAAUAAUAAUAGAGUUGAAUGCCAUGGCAUUUUUAUGUGUGUUUUUGAAGUUGUUGAAAAGGUGUUGAUUUGUUUGGAGAAUGACCCUGUACUGUGACAAUCACAAGUCCUUCUAGUCAAGCACAAUCUCCCUCUCAUCUGAAACCACACUGUUGGGAUUAGGGAGUAUUUUAGCUGCUAUAAAACACCAAAAAGAAUUUGCAUUGUAGAAUUUGUUUAAUGUCAUAGUGCUAGUAAUAUCAUCCCAUGCACUUAAAUAAUGUUAACACUUGAUGCAUAUUGAAAAUAUAAUAAUAUUAAAAAAAUACUGCAUCAACACAUACUUUCCAGUAAUGUAAUAAAUCAGAAUUGAAAUUGAAAGAAAAUAUAUGCUGUUAUUACCCUGUUCUAUACCAUGAAGUUAAAACAUUUUAAAUGUAUAGCCUACAGUACCUCAUCUCAAUAUGAAAGCUGCACUCACUGACAUUGAAAGUAAAGAACUAUACAUAUGGCAAUAUGAAAAUUCUGUUUAUAAUUUAAAACAAAUAUAAUGGCUAAGGACAUUGUGGGGAAAGAGGGCAUCUUGGCAUUUACUGAGCAUGUGUGCUUCAGACUGUGUGCACAAGUAACAUUUGAUGUGAUCUCCAGAUAUUGUAGGUUCAACCUUUCAUGGCUGUUAAUUGUGGCAUGUACUGCAGUAAUUUUACCUGUACCUACCUGUAUUUGACUAAUGCCUUUAAAAUUGAAGUAAAUAAGUGUGAAUGCAGGAAAGUACAGAUUAAUUGUAUGAAGAAUGCAAAAAUGUAUUACGUAUCUAUGAAUUUUGUUGUCAAUUAAAGGAUUAAGCCACUAAUGAUUUGACUUUGAUAUGAAAGCAUUUAGUGGCCAAAUGUCCUUACCACACUAUUAAUUUGACUUUCUUUAUAAAAAAAAAAAUGCAGUGACAACAGUAAAAAGGCACUCUGAUACAGAAAAUAAAAAAAGAGAUUUAUAUA